UUCAACAGUAGGUUAGGUUAGUCUGUUUGAAUGGUACUUUUCGAUUGUGUUUGCAUUUUUAUAUAAUUUAUAAUGUUGGAGUUCAGGUUGGACGAGAGAAAAAAACAAUUGCUAAAAUUAAGUGAUUUCACCAAAAAUAUUAACCAAGAAAUUGCUAACAUAACUUCUACUUUAGGAUGGACAGUUGAAAGCAUAUCUAAUGAUAAUACAAAUUUUUUAACAUGUCCCUACGAUCCAUCACAUCGAAUUACAGAAGCAUGUCUUGAAACACAUCUACCUGCCUGUCAAUGGAAAGCAGAAGGUUAUCAAAAAUUGGAUAUCCCAUUUCCAGAAUCAGCUUUACCACCAAAUAAUUCUUCGAGUCUCCAAUUUGAUGAAGAAUUACAAGAAGAAGUCUUGCGACAAGCAAAAGAACAAAAUCCAGAGAUGAAAACAGGUUCGGAUCAGCGUUUAAUUCCACGUACAUCAGAUAGACUCAUCUCAGAUUUUACUAGCGAUGAAAGGAAGGCACUGUACGAAUAUGUGAUUGCUCAUACUGUUAAACCUGAUAUGGGUCAUGAUAUUGCCGAUAUAAAUAGACCGAAACCACAAGAUAAAGAUAACAAAGAAAUGUCCUAUUUAGAAAUGCUUAUAUUAGAGCGUAAUCUAAAAAGGCGUAGAGCUAAACACAGAGGUGUGCACACUAAUAAAAAAUCCCAUAUAGAAAUUAUUAGAGAAGUUAUUAAUCAGCAGAUGGAAAUAUAUACAGAAUAUAUUUUGGAACAAAAGGAUGCCGACAUAACAAGAACUGCAUACUCUUCUGAACGAAACUCAAAUACAUAUUCAGAGAAACAGAAAUUAAUUGCAACUAACCAUUAUGAAAAACCAUCCGUAUCUACUCACUUCUCUCCAAAUGACAAAAAUGGACACCAUCAUACAAAUACAAUAUAUAAUCGACGACAAGACAAUAUAAUAGAUAAAAAUGAUUCUGAAUCUAUAAAAUAUCAGGAAUACAAAAACCGUUUAUCAGAUUCGAAGGAAACAAAAAAAGAUAAACGUAGUGAACAUAGGCAUAGAUCUCGUUCUAGAGAUUACAAGUCUCAUAAAAAACAUAAGCAUAAAUCAAAAGAUAAACACAUAAAGAAAAAACAUAAAUCUCGGAAUCAUGAUAGACCAUCGCAUGAAGAAGGACAUUCAAAAUACAGUGAUUUUACAAAAAAGGAUUCAUAUUACACAAAAAAUCGAUAAGUAUUUAUAAUAAUGUUAUAUGCCAUUUAAUUUAUUUAUAAUAAUUCGAAAUAAAUUCCACAUCAAAAGAAUACGU